AUGGCUGGGUUUACUGAUACUCUUCGAGGGGAUGGUUUGGUUAGGGCUCAGAGAGCUCUAGCAACAUUGGAGGGAGACCCGCUGCGACUCGAUCGCGAGAGAGGGCGGUUUAGCCAUUCUCCACCACCAUAUACAUCAUAUCCGUCGACCCCCAAUGAUCUGAGUGAGGAGCAGCGACGACGCCGCUGUCGUACGCGCUCCGAGACCCCAAGUGCUCCCAGUGAGGAGCAACGACUCCGCCAGGAGCGGCGAGCCCAGCUAUGGGAAGAGCGCGAGGCCUCCCAACCAUACGAACAAUUCAGCCACCAGGUCAACGAAUUGGAGAAGCGCAUCUUCGACGCAGAUGUGAAUGGAACGCACCGUGUACCCGUUGGGUCCGACCCGCGGACAAUAGCGCGUGAAACCGUCAAGAAGCUCUGGGUCGAGCAAGGCAUAUGGAAUAACAACUGGAACCAGUUCGCUGAUGGGCGGUGGAAGCACGAAGAACCGCUCCAGCAUGGGUCGGAAUCAGAGACGGACUCAGGAGCAGGACCCUCGCCUCCCCUUUUUCCCUUUCCCCCAAAGCCGCAGCCGAAACCGAGACGGCCCAAGAGCGACGACGAAAAGCGACGGAUUGCAGAGCGGCGAGUCAUACCGCCUCAAGCCAUACCUCUCUUUGGGCCGCUUCCUGGGCCUCCUUCUCCCGUUGUAUCAAGUCAUGGCCAGGCGUCUGGUGCGUUGAGUUCAUCUCAACAAAGACCGCCUGUAAACAUUGAUUCAGCCGAAAUGGAGAAUGGCGACGAUGCAGAGCGCUCUUCCUCUACGUCGGAUUCAACACCCCCAAGUUCGGCGGAACGGGUUCUUCGUCCUGCGACGGCGCAAGCAUUGCCACCAAGCAGGAGAAAGAGCUCCCAUGAGGAUGGGCAGUCCUCAAACGCAUCGCUCGGCCCAGUCCAUUCAUCAGGAGUUUCAAAAGUCGCUGGAAAGAGAAAGGGACCUCAACGGCGGCUAGAUACCUUGCAAAAGGUCUCCUCUGAGGGCUUGCCAUUGUCGUCUGGUAUGGAUGCCGCAGAACCGCAGCUCUCGCCUCCACCAGUCGGUGAAACUCGCCGCAAAAGCAGUCGAAUACAAGCAACUGUCCCUUGCCUAGCUCAGGAUCCAGCCAAGACGGCUUCUGCGAUGCCCUCGAAACGUGCAGUCCAGUCCAAACCGGAGCGGAAGGUUGCCAGCAAUCCAGCAGGCAGGAGCUCUGCAAAACCACAGGGAGUAUCGAAGAGACAGGCUGCCAAGACUACACGGGGGAAGGCAAGGAGACAAUAA